AUGGAAGUCUCGGCCGCCGCCGCCGCCAUCGCGCUGGACGCUCUGCCGUCCGAGGUCCUGAGCCUUAUUCUUCAAAACCUCAUCGAGAUACGGGAAGAUGAAAACGAACUGCCAGAUCCGUCACUCUAUGCAAGUCUCUGUGAGUCACGUCUUGUGUGCCGCAAAUGGAAUGCGCUAGCCACACCGCAUCUUUUCCGCACCGUAUCGCUCAAACAUGACGACCCUGGCAACGAGACAGGCACCUUGGACAUGUGGAGAGAGAUGAUGGACAGCGAGACGGUCAGGCAGGCCGUGCAGCAUGUCAACAUUCAUACUGCCCCCCGAGAGCUGUCCUACGGCCGCUAUUCCGACGUAUGGAACGAUUGGGAGGUUAAGGGCGAAUAUGAAGACUACACCGAAUCAAUUGAGCGCAUCAACGAACUCCAUCAUCUCAAGUCGCUGACACUGAGCUUCUCGGAUAUGUGCUUAGGCGUCGAGAACGACCGCUCCAUGGAGGAAGACUACGAGGUUCCCGAGACCCGUGAGGCCACUCUCAAGGCGUUCUUCAAAACCCUGCAGAAGCGGUCCCAGGCCGGCGACGAUCUCAGCGCCAUCCGGACCUUGACCAUUUCGAAUCUGCAGAACAUGCCCGUUCCCCACAUCACCACGUCUGAUGCUUUUCGAGAUUCGCUGAAAGGCGUGCAGUCGCUGCACCUGAUGAUCGCCGCCGAGGUCAACGAACAUGGCCCAGACCACGAUAUCGAGUGCGUUGAGAGAUGGACCUACGAGCCCCAUCUUCAGCACGAACUGCUGCCGUCGCUCACCGAGCAGCUCACAACGCUGACUCUCUGCUUCACCGAGGAAUGGGGCGUCGCGCCGGGCUACUUUGACGGCCGUGGCCUCAACUUCCCCCAGCUCAAGAGCAUGCACCUCGGCCGCUUCAUGAUUGGCCACCAUGACCACUUUGACUGGAUCCUGAACAUGUCUUCGCUGACGAGCCUGCGCCUGAGCUCUUGCCGUGUCGUUUCGCACCUGCGCCUCUGCAGAGACCUGGCUCAAAAGUGGGAGUUGAAGACGCACGACUGGGAGCAGCAACCGCGCGGCGCCUUUGGCUUCGCUCGCGAGGACGACCGCGUCUACACAUUUGACAAGACCUGGGAAUCGCUGUUUGACGGCAUCCGCCUGCGCUUGACCAAGUUGGUAGACUUCCGUAUGCACUAUCCGAGGUACUCGCAAGUUCAUUUCUUUCACCCGGAUCUCAUGCCCGUGGACAAAGAACUCUCGCCGGACCGAUAUAUCGUGCUUGAUACCGGGCUGUUGCCAAGCCCGUGGAUCGAUGCAACAAACGGCGAAAUGGAGUUUGGCAACAACAUGGCUGAACCAGUUGACCUCAACUCCACCGAGAACCAUUACAUCAAGAAGUGCAAAAUGAGCAGAGCGGAGGAAACGAAAUACGGAGACGCCAGGGCCCUGCAGGAUCUUUUAGAGGCAGUCAAGAAGCGUUGGUGA